UUCGAAGAAACAUUUUAUCUCCAAAGAAAAGAAAAUACAGAAAUUCUAGAACUACAACUCACAACAGCUCUCGAACUUUCUUUUCCCUUCUCCAAACCUCCUUAUGAAUCUACCUGUCCUUUAUAUUAACCUUCCCCCAGAACUCCAACUCCUUACGCUUUACAACAGAUCAAAGAACCGUAAGCUCAAAAAUUCAGGCAAAAGAGAAAAAAGAAAAGAAUUGAAAUGGCUUCAUCAAUAGCUCUAAGAAGGGCCACUACAUCUCUCUUCUCCAAGCCCAUCAACCCUAUUCGCUCUGCUUCUACAGUAUCCUCUGUUUCUCGCUCAUUCAACACCGAUACCCAAGUCACCAACUUCGGCAAUGAUGAUCUCGGCACUGUCAACGUUGAUCGCCGCAGCUCCGAUAAUCGCAGCCUCUCUCGCCGCCGCGACCCCCCUCCUGGUUUCUUUCCACUAGAUGGGAUAGAUCCGUUUUCACCAACAAGAACUCUAAGCCAAGUCAUGAACUUGAUGGACCAGUUAAUGGAUAUCCCAUCAGUAGGAGCUGGAGGGUAUGCAAGAAGAGGGUGGGAUGUGAAAGAAGAUGAUGAUGCUUUGUAUUUGAGAUUGGACAUGCCAGGGCUAAGCAAAGAGGAUGUAAAAGUGUGUGUGGAGCAUGACACUUUGGUUAUUAAAGGAGAAGGGCCCAAAGAAAAUGAAGAAGAUGAGGGGAGUGGAAGGAGGUACUCUAGUAGGCUUCAAUUGAGUCCAAUUCAAUACAAGGUUGAUGAGAUUAAGGCUGAAAUGAAGAAUGGUGUUUUAAAAGUUGCUGUGCCCAGGGCUAAAGAAGAUGAGAGGAAGAAUGUUCAUGAGGUUCAAAUUGAGUGAGCUUUCUGUGGUUUUUUUUUUGUUGGAGCGCAGAAGUUGUCUAAAUAAAUUAAUUUUGUGCUUUGAUUUUCAGUAUGUUGUAAUCCUUUUUCUUUUUGGUUUCCUUCUUCUUAAUGAUGAAACGUGUAAUUAAUAAGUGCACACAUGUUUUUCUUGAUAUAAAAGGAGAAUGUAAAGUAUA